AUGAAGUAUCUCGCAGCGGCAUCUACUCUCGCAGCCAUUGCUUCGGCAAGGAACUGCCAGCAACUCGCCGUGCCCGUUCACGCGGCUGCCCGGAAUGCCGUGUUCGAUAUCCCAGUUCCAGCAAACAAUAUCGAAACCACGAACUUCAUCCUGAAUCUGAGCCAACAGGGCGCCAACUAUACCGAGAGCGUCCUUCAAGGUUACCAGACCGUCAGCGGCGACUACGAAAUAGCCGCUCAGUACUGCGAGCCAGACAGCGGACCGUCCGACACUCUCCAGAUCCUCACGCACGGCAUUGGCUUUGAUCGCACGUACUGGGACUCGCCAUUCAACAACUACAACUACAGCUACGUCGACGAGGCCGUCGACGAGUAUGGCUACUCGACAUUCGCCUGGGACCGCCUUGGCAUUGGCAUGUCGACGCCCCCAAACCCCGACCCUCUCAACGAGAUCCAAGCCCUCCUUGAAGUCGACGCCCUUCGCGCCCUCACAGAGGCUCUCCGUGGUGGCGAAGUCGAUGGCAUCUCGAGCUCUUUCGACAAGGUCGUCCAUAUCGGCCAUUCCUUCGGCUCCCAGCACACCUAUGCUCUGACGGCCAUGUACCCAGACAUUUCUGAUGGGAUCACCUUGACCGGGUUCUCGCAGAACGGGUCCUUCGCUGCCUUCUUCCUGCUUGGUGGCAACUUCGUUGAAGCUAAUGGCAAUGCGGCCUUCUCCGAUCUGCCAGAUGGUUACUUCGCUGCAGGCAACCCGUCAGGAGUCCAGACAAAUUUCUUUGCUCCACAGGACUUCGACCCAGCGAUCCUGACCUACGCAUACAACAACGGCCAGCCAGUGACUGUAGGCGAGCUCCUAACCUUCGGCGGCGAGACCGGCAGCCCCAACCCAUUCGCUGGUCCAGUCCACAUCGUCACCGGCGAACGCGACAUACCCUACUGCGGCGGCAACUGCUUGGCAGCGCCUACCGGCUACGACAGCGUUCCCGCGACGUCUCAACAGUUCUUCGAGAACACCGACAUUGACGUUACGAUCAUCCCUGGUGCAGGCCAUGGCUUGAACCUUCAGUACACGCACCCGCAGACCUACUCUAGCAUCCUCAACUGGUUUGCAGACAACGGCCUUGCGGCGGACGGCAGCAGCUCGGGUGGUAGCAGCUCGGGCGGCAACAACGGCAAGGAUGGUAAGGGUAAGGGCAAGGGUUACAAAGGUAAGGGCAAAGGCAAAGGCCGCGGUCAGCAUGGCGGCUGGGGGAAGCACCAUGGCCCGCCUGCGUGA